ACGUCGACGACGAAGAAGAAAACUCCGCCUUUCCUCAUCAGCUUCCGCAUCAGGCCAUAUCCGCACGUUUUAUUUAUUCUAUAUUUGUAAAUCUUAUCCUGUCAGCGAGGAACAAGGCUUUAUCACAGAAUCACCAUUAAUACAUAAUUCAGCAGCCACCUGCUUCAUGAAGCUCGCAAAGAAUCGUUUUCAACAAAGUUAACAGUCAUGGAAAUGGAAACAGUGGAGACACCAGAGGAUCUGCUUGCAAAACAACACCGCAAAGAAAAGAAAGAUCUACAAGCAAAAAUCCAGAGCAUGAAAAAUGCCGUGCCCAAAAAUGACAAGAAACGGAGGAAACAGAUGACAGAGGAAAUUGCCAAGCUGGAAGCUGACCUCAACCAGAAACACGAAGAGGAAUUAAAGCACCUCAAAUCUGCAAAUGACACAAAGGAAAAAGAGGUCGUAAAUGGAGUUGAGACACUGAAGAUAGAGGACGGAGAACAAGACGAGUCCAAACAGCCAAAAGUAACCAAAGCCCAGAAGAGAAGGGACAAGAAGGCUGCCCAGGAGAAGGAGAGAGAGGACAGAAUUGCAGAAGCAGAGGUGCAGAACCUUCAGGGUGUGAGGCAUCAGGAGGGUUUAAAGCUGGCCCAGAAACUGGCCCAACAGCAGCUUCAGAUCAAGGAAGUCUCCUCUGAUGGUCACUGCAUGUACCGGGCCAUUGAAGAUCAGCUGGCACAGCAAUCACAGAUUGGGUCAAACAUGAGUGUAAUAGAACUUCGGUCACGUACUGCUGAGUACAUGAGAAGCCAUGUGGAUGACUUCCUGCCUUUCCUCACCAACCCAAAUACUGGUGACAUCUACACAACAGAUGAAUUUGAAAAAUACUGCAGUGAAGUGGAGAACACAGCAGCCUGGGGGGGACAACUGGAGUUACGAGCCCUGACCCAAAUUCUCCACAAGCCAAUAGAAGUGAUCCAAGCUGAUUCACCGACCAUAAAAAUUGGAGAAGAAUAUGAAAGCAAACCCAUCACCCUUGUUUACAUGCACCACGCCUACGGACUGGGAGAGCACUAUAAUUCUGUUGAGCGGUUAAAGGACCCGGCCAAUGUUGAGGACAGCUGACGGCCAGCUCAGUCUUAGGAAUAUUAAACUUCCCUCCUCACACCCUGAGGCUCAAACUACAGUCUAACAAAAUAAAAAGACAGCAUCGACAUGAUACUUAUAAAUGUGCUAUGCUAACCCAGCUCAUAGUCAAUGAUAUCUAUGCUGCUAUGAAUCAGUGUGAUUUCAAACCACAUCCAGUCAACAGAAAGAAGAGCUGUACACCAUGCAUGUUGUUGCCAUUGAAGGAAACGAGUUGUACAUUAGCCCAAGUCUAAUUUCCUUUGGGAUAUAAAUAAAGCUGAACUGAAAAAAAGAAAAAAAAAAACGUUUAUCUAAUUACUUAAUGUUAUAAGUGCUUUCAAU